GGUUAGAAGGCGGAGAGGGAAGAUGGCGGCGCUGGAGGAGCGGGGCCUGAGUCAGGACCAGACAGAAAAACUGUUGCAGUUUCAGGACUUGACUGGUAUUGAAUCGAUAGACCAAUGUCGCCAAACUCUGCAGCAGCACAACUGGAAUAUUGAGACUGCUGUCCAAGACAGGUUAAAUGAACAGGAGGGUGUCCCCAGGGUCUUUAACACCACUCCCAACCGUCCUCUGCAGGUGAAUACUGCUGACCAUAGAGUAUACAGUUAUGUGGUGUCUCGGCCACAGCCAAGGGGGCUAUUGGGAUGGGGUUACUACCUGAUUAUGCUUCCAUUCCGCAUCACUUACUAUACAGUACUUGAUAUAUUUAGGUUUGCUCUUCGUUUUAUAAGACCGGACCCUCGCAGCCGAGUCACUGACCCAGUAGGGGAUGUGGUCUCCUUUAUUCAUCUGUUUGAAGAGAAAUAUGGCAGCACACAUCCUGUAUUUUACCAGGGUACUUACAGCCAGGCUUUGAAUGAUGCUAAACAGGAGCUGCGCUUCUUGUUGGUUUAUCUGCAUGGGGAAGAUCACCAGGACUCUGAUGAUUUCUGUAGAAACACCCUCUGCACCUCCGAGGUCACCCAUUUCAUAAACAGCAGAAUGUUGUUUUGGGCCUGUUCUAGCAACAAGCCUGAAGGAUUCAGGGUUUCCCAGGCCCUGCAUGAGAGCACCUACCCCUUUUUGGCUAUGAUCAUGCUCAAGGAUCGCCGGAUGACUGUAGUGGGGAGACUGGAGGGCCUGAUUCAGCCACAGGACCUUAUUAACCAGCUGACAUUUAUCAUUGAAGCCAACCAAACCUAUUUAGUAUCAGAGAGACUAGAGAGAGAGGAACGAAACCAGACUCAGGUGCUGAGGCAGCAGCAAGAUGAGGCAUAUCUGGUUUCCCUGCGUGCUGACCAAGAAAAAGAACGCAAGAAGAAAGAGAAACAGGAUCAGAAAAGAAGAGAAGAGGAAGAGGCACAACGCAAACAGAUGUUAGAAGAGAGGAAGAAAAGGAAUCUAGAGGAAGAAAAAGAGCGCAAGUCUGAGUGUCUCCCUGCUGAGCCAGUUCCAGAUCAUCCAGAUAACGUAAAAAUUAUUUUUAAGAUGCCAAAUGGUACCAGGGUAGAGCGAAGGUUUCUCUUCACCCAGUCCCUGUCAGUCAUCCAUGACUUCUUGUUCUCUCUGAAAGAGACUCCUGAAAAGUUCCAGAUAGUAACAAGUUUUCCCCGCCAGGUGCUGCCGUGCCUACCCAGUGAGGAAAUCCCUGUGCCUCCAACUCUGCAGGAGGCUGGACUGAGCCAAUCGCAACUGCUUUUUGUACAGGAUCUGACAGACGAUUGAGGAAAAAAAAAUAUAUAUAUUUUUCUCCCCUAAGGAAUGAGGGGAACAAGAAAAAAAAAA